AGCAAAACGCGGCUUAGAAUACUUAAGCACUCUUUUCUCUUAAAAAUAUGUCAUCCCUGAUCACGAAGGCAUUUUCUGUCCGCGGCCCCCGAGUCAACCCAGUGUCAACUCGCUUGCAUCUCAUCACAAUCCCGGCACUGGUGGAAUUGAAUCGCGCAAGAGAUGAGUGACGUGUUUGAAGGUUACGAGAGACAGUACUGUGAGCUGUCCGUCAAUUUGUCUAAGAAAUGCAAUUCUGCUUCAUUUCUUCCCGUUGGAGAUCCAAAGAAGCAACAUAUAUCUUAGCUCACAGUGGGGUUGGACGAAGCGGAUGGUCAUCCCUGAUCACGAAGGCAUUUUCUGUCCGCGGCCCCCGAGUCAACCCAGUGAACUCGCUUGCAUCUCAUCACAAUCCCGGCACUGGUGAAAUUGAAUCGCGCAAGAGAUGAGUGACGUGUUUGAAGGUUACGAGAGACAGUACUGUGAGCUGUCCGUCAAUUUGUCUAAGAAAUGCAAUUCUGCUUCAUUUCUUCCCGUUGGAGAUCCAAAGAAGCAACAUAUAUCUGAGCUCACAGUGGGGUUGGACGAAGCGGAUGGUCUGGUAACUAUCAUUCUAAUCUCUAGUGUUGCUAUGCAAAGUUCUAUCAUGGUUUAACUCAUUGAGGCAAACAUGCAUUUCCUCAGAUUCGAAAAAUGGACCUUGAGGCAAGAAGUUUGCAACCAAGUCUAAAAGCUGCUCUUCUUGCUAAGCUAAGGGAAUAUAAAUCCGACCUCAACAAGUUGAAAAGGGAAGUGAAAAAGCUAACAUCUAGCAGUUUCGAUCAAACAGCCCAUGAAGUAUUGCUGGAGUCUGACGUCGCAGAUGUACAUGCAGGUUCUUCAAAUCAAAGGGAGCGGUUGGCAAUGUCUACUGAGAGGCUAAAUCAGUCCAGUGGAAGAAUCAUGGAAAGCCGGAGGCUGGCUUUAGAGACUGAGGAGCUUGGUGUCUCAAUUCUUGAAGACCUACACCAGCAGCGUGAAACACUUUUACAUUCCCACAACCAGCUUCACGGUGUGGAUGAGGCGAUUGACAAGAGUAAGAAGCUCUUGACUUCCAUGUCCAGGCGCAUAAGUCGUAACAAGAUGAUUGUUGGAGCUGUGAUUGCUGCCCUUGUAGUUGCCAUCAUCAUCAUCUUGUAUUUUAAGCUCUCUCAUUAAUUGCAAUUUUCAGUGUACAUAAUUCCUGUGAUUGUACUUUUAUAUGCUCGCUUGCUUGUGUAUCCUGAAUUCACCAUUGCUUUGGCUUACACAAGUUUGCUGUAAAAUAUCUUUGGAGUUUGGCUUUGUUGAAUCCUGGAAAAUAUGAAAAGUGAUGAGUUUUCGAGGCACCGGAUUACGCAGAUGACAUGUUUGCUUGCUUCAUGCAUGUAGGAAAUGAAUACUUUUUUGAGAUUCUGAUAAUGGAUUGCUUUUGUUAGUAA